AUGACUGACUUCCUCGCUAUAAACCCACUUUCCAUUUCAGCCGCAGACUCUCCACGCUUCCCCUUUCUCAAUUCACACCCAUCUCCUUCAACCAGAACCCAACUCAACCCAAUUUCCCUUUCCCCCUUUCCCCCCAAACUCUCCAAAACCACCUAUGCUAACUACAGCGUUACCGCAGCCAUCAAGAGGUCCAAUGGCUUCUACGAAGAGCUUCAAUUUGAUGACACAAAGGAGAACGAUUUUGGGUUGGAGUUAGAAAGUAACCCCCUUGAUGAGAAUUCGUCCAAAGAAAUUGACGGAUAUAUCUCACUUGAUGAUAAGGGAAGUGGAAAGAGUGAGAAUGAAUUGCGGGAAGACGAUUUGAUUCGGGUUCGAGGCGACGGUGAAGGAGAUGUUGGGGUUGAUUUGAGAAAAGAUGAUAAAGUUGAGAAAUUUGGUGGUAAUCUUAGAUUAAGGAAAGGUAAACAAGUGAUUAGACGGUCGAAUUUGUUGGCGAAGCAGGUGAUCAGCAUUCAAUCUGCUCUUACUUUGGGAUUUGUCUCCCAGCUUUGGGUGGACACCACCUCUUGGAUUGUGUUGUUUGUUGAGGUGAGGUCCAAUUUGCUUUCUGGGGAUUCAGAAAAAUUCCUUCUUGAGGAUAUCAGUCAGGUUGGGGAUGUUGUUCUUGUCCCGGAUGAAAGUGUGAUAGACAAUGGAUAUACAAUGAUUGGAUUAGAGACUCUGGUUGGAUACAGAGUUGUAACGCCCUCUCUACGAAACAUUGGAAAGGUGCGUGGCUACAAUUUCAGCAUCAACUCAGGUGCUGUUGAAGAACUCGAGAUAGACUCAUUUGGACUAUCCAUCAUUCCAUCGAGUUUGGUGAGUACCUACUCUUUGAUGGUUGAGGAUAUACUGGAAGUGGUAUCUGAUGCAGUUGUUGUACAUGAAGCCGCCGCUUUACGAAUACAAAGGCUUUCAAAGGGUUUUUUGGGCAACCAGAAUGUGGGAAUAUCAGUGGACGACAUCGAUGAUUAUGAAUCUGAACAACGUGCGACAUAUGGUCGAGUUUCAAGAAGAAGAAAAAGUUUUGGAAGAAAGAAAGCCAAUCCGAGAGAUUGGGAUAAUAAUGAAGAUAACUGGGAUCUUCCUAUGGACUAUCUAUAA